AUGGCCGACGUGGACUCCCUGACUGAGGCACUGAAUGCCAUCAGUGUGAGCACCGAGUUGGUAGAGCAGGAGCUGAAGCCUCAUCUGGACACCCUGCUGACUGUACUACUGGAGAAGAAGAAGGGUGCCGCAGUGGAGAUUGCCUCCAGUGGUAUCGUUCCCAUCCUGGCCCAGUCCCUCAGGAAGAAGAGUCUCCUCACCAACCAGGUGGCACUGGUGGUGGCAGAAAUGGCCAGGGAAGCGGCCGUGAGGGACACGUGCAUUGAGGCGGGGCUAGUGAAGGUUCUGGUGCCCCUGCUGAACAGUGCAGAUGAGGAACUGUUGCUCCACACUGGAAGAGCCAUCGGACGCAUCUGCUUCGACAACACGGCCCAGCAGGAUCAGCUGGUGCAGAGUGGGGUGAUCCCCAGGCUGGUGGCCAUCAUGAGGGAGUAUCCAGAGAAUGACCCACUGGUCAACGUGUGUCUGCUGGCCCUCUGUAACCUGGCCGACAUGGACACGGCGCGGGAGGCGCUGGUAGAGGUGGGCGUGGCAGAGGUGCUGACAGCCCAGCUGAAACGGGCUCCUGACGCAGAGAGAAGACACAUCAUACUGGAGGUUCUGGGAUCACUGGGAGAGAGUGACGUGCUAAAGCUGCAGUUUGUGGAGUCGGGGGUGCCUAAGGCUCUGUCUGAGAUGAUUCGAGGUCUACAGGGUGGCUCUGACCCCCAUGAUCUCUGCAGCAUCAAGAUCGGCUCCAACCUCAUCGUGUCUCUCCUGCUGGGAGAUGAGUCCAUGCAGAAGUGUUUCGGCGAGGGCACAGGGAUGGUGUACCAGGACGUGCUCUCCUGGCUGCAGUCCUCCAACACUCAGCUGCAGCUGUCUGGAGCCCUGGCCAUCGCCAAUUUUGCCAGGAACGACAGUAACUGUGUGAAGAUGUUGGAGCUGGGGGUGGUUCCACAUAUCCUGACCCUGCUAGAGCAGCAUGUGGACGAAGGCGACGUGUCCGUCCAGCAUGCCGGACUGAGCGCUCUCAGAAACCUGGCCAUCCCAGCCACUAAUAAGGUGAGGAUGCUGAAGGACGGGGUGACAGAGAGAAUCAGGACCUUGCUGCGCUCUGACAUGCCCCCAGUGCAGUUCAAACUGUUGGGCACCCUGCGCAUGAUGGUGGAUGGCCAAGAGGAGGCAGCUACAGUGCUGGGCAAAGAUGAGGUUCUGUUGGCGAGGGUCAUGGAGUGGUGUGAGGCAAGGGACCAUGCAGGGGUCAGGGGAGAGGCAAACCGCCUCCUGGCUGCCCUUAUUAGACACAGUCGUGCUCCGGAAGUCAUCAACGCUGUAACCAAAGCAGAUGGGGUGCGUCACCUCAUCUCCAUGGCAACCAGUGAACACGUCAUCAUGCAGAAUGAAGCCCUGGUUGCCCUGGCGAUUGCAUCUGCCAUUGACAUUGACUCCAUGCAGGAAUCAUUCCAGGAGGCAGAGCUCUUGCCUACACUGCAGAAGAUGCUGGAAGACCCAGUGGGGGCAGUGGAGGUCAAGUUCAGCGCCCUAGGCCUCAUCUGUAGCCUGGCCAACUCCAGCAUGAUGAAGGAAGAAAUGGAAUCUCUAAACCUGAAGGAGACGCUCACCAAGCUCUCUGGUCACUCCAGCACCAAGCUAGCUACACAGGCCGACACAGUGCUGGCCAUGCUCUCUGAAACCAGCUAG